AUGAUAUCAGACAAUGCAACAGCAUUCAACGCGGCAGCAAAUAGCAUUCAACAACUCAUGAUAUCAACGACGGUUAAUGACGCUCUACACACUCAUGGUACUGAAUGGAGAUUCAUACCUAAGCGAGCACCAUGGUUUGGCGGUUGGUGGGAGCGAAUAAAUAGACUAACAAAAACCACCAUCAAGAAAGUUUUAGGUCGUUCAUUUAUUUGUUACGAGAACCUCCAGGCAAUAGUAACAGAGAUCGAGGGUAUAAUGAACGACAGACCGCUUACUUACGUCACUUCCGAUAUAGGAGACCCAGACCCAUUAACACAGGCGCACUUGCUUUACGGGCAACGUAUUACAACCCUUCCAUAUGAUGGCAAAACACCAGAACCAAAGACUGUCACAAUGUCUGAUGUAACAAAAAAGGGCAAUAAUGCAGGCACAGCUUAUCAGUCAUUAUCGUUUAUGAUGGCGUCACGAAUAUCUUACGUCACUGCGCGUCGGUACCACAAAACAACAGGAAACAACACUCAGACAGUUCAGGUUGGCGACAUUGUACAGAUUUAUGAUGAAUCAACAAGGCCACAGUGGAAACUAUGCCUAAUCCUGCAGUUAAUUUACGGUAAUGACGGCCUCGCUCGAGCAGCAAUUUUACGCAUGAGUAAUGGACUUGUCACUUCGAGAGUUGUUGUGAAACUGUACCCAUUAGAAAUCAUUUCUACAACGUUUCUUCUACACCUGAAUAAAUAUAUAAACAUCAUCAAAGUGUUUAUUGUUGAAAGAAACCCCCCACUACAAAUUUGGCUCCCCGACGAAGAUUACAAAGGACAGAAAAGAAAACCAGGCCAGCUGUUUCUGGCUGAGGGGGAAGCAUUGCUGACCGUGGCAGAGACGGACCAGGCCUAG